UGCGUGCGAAGAGCUCGACAUGUCAUUCAGAGGAAUCCGCCACCUGAAACGCGAGGAAGUGAAGGCGACUCAAUUGGGUAUAAAGCAUCAGCCAACAUCUGCCCCGAGCAGAGCGCAGCUGAUGAAAACAUCAGCUCGGAGCUCACACAGGACCUUCUCCGGUUUAUUUGAUUUCCCUUGGAUCUAUCGUUUGGCACUGCCGAGUCGGUGCACCCUGGGAGACGCAUCUCUUUUCUGUACUUAAAGUGAAUGUGGCUUAGCAGCCAGCAUCACUAUACUGGACUUAACUGACACCCCCACUGAUAUUGGCGCACCUGUUUCCUCCACGGAGCACAUGACCAUGAUCCCUCCGGGAGACUGCAUGUAUGCGGGCAGAAAGAGGAGGAAGCCCAUCCAAAAACAGAAGCCGUCCUCUGCCAAUGAGAAAACCAACCCGUCCAAGCGGCACCGGGACAGGCUGAAUGCUGAGCUGGACCGGCUGGCCAGCCUGCUGCCGUUCCCCCCGGAUGUCAUCUCCAAGCUGGACAAACUGUCCGUGCUGCGGCUUGCAGUCUCCUACCUCCGCGUCAAAAGUUUCUUCCAAGCAAACCAAGACAAGACCUCCAGGAAGCACAUCAUCAGCUCAGCAUCCUCUAACCCUGAACCCAGGAAAGAGAGUCUACCCCUGGGCACCACCGUCAAUGAAAGCGGCCUCCUCCUGGAAUCUCUGACAGGGUUUGCCUUGGUGGUGAGCAGUGAUGGGAUGGUCUUUUAUGCCUCCUCAACCAUUGUGGAUUAUCUGGGAUUUCAUCAGACUGAUGUGAUGCACCAGAAUGUGUUUGACUACAUCCACAUAGACGACCGUCAGGAGUUCAGACGCCAGCUCCACUGGGCCAUGUGUCCUCCACAGCACCAGGGGACGUCAGCACACCCGGAUAACCUAGCUGCAGGCAGUGGUGAAGACUUUGUAGUCAACAGCCAAUUUCACUCUCUGGAGGCUGGGGGAAUCCCCCCAGAGCUCACCUGCUUUCUCAACAGAUGCUUCAUAGCCAGAGUCCGAUGCCUCCUGGACAGCACCUCUGGAUUCUUGACUAUGCAGUUCCAGGGUCGACUGAAGUUCCUCAAUGGGCAGAAAAUGAAGUCUGCCUCUGGUGCUCUGAUGCCUCCCCAGCUGGCCCUGUUCUGCAUAGGUGUACCCCUCCUAAUGCCCUCCAUCACCGAGAUGAAAAUGAAGAACAUGUUGAUGCGGGGAAAGAACAAGGGAGGAGGUGGAGGGAUGAUCUCUGCACUGGAACACGGUGAGCGAGGCGAACACCUCCGGAGGCACUCCUUCAGUGGAGGAAUGGGUGACAUCGCAGACCCUCUCCUCCUCUCGUGUCCCACUCCCGGCAGUACCCAGCGAGGUCACCACACUCCCUGGACCCCGGUCGCCAAAGACAACCUCAAGUACCGCCCUGAUGAUUACUACAACCAGGAGGAGCCCCUCAACUACUGCAAGUCCUCCAUGGCUUCCCAUAAAGGUCUUAGCCCAGGCCUGGGUGCCGGCUGGCCCCUGCGGCCAAACCCAGGUCCCGUCCGAGCGGGCCAGGGAGUUGGCUAUGUCCCCUCUAACCGCUUGAACAAAGCUGGUCAGUACGGGAAACCAUACCGCCUUUCCCCCAGUUGCCACAGCAACAGGGGUGGUGAAGUGUUUGUGUCUAAGCUCUAUGGUAACAUCCAGAUUCCCACAGACCCAGAUGCCUACUGCGUGGACCUGGUGAAGAGCGAGAACGGCUAUGGGGAAUGCUAUGAUGGCCACCUGAUGCCUGACAUGGCCCCCAUCAAGGUAGAGCAUGACUCCGACUCUGAAAAUGGCUGCGAUGCCUUCGGGCGGCCCUGGGUUUGUCGCGACCCAGAAUCCGUUGACCGUCGCUACGGUAACGGGAUGUACGACCAGAGCUCCAACAUGCAUCUCAAAUCAGAGGCAGAUUAUUACGAUCCACAGUACUCGCCCUGUCAGAGGGGGAAGGCAGGCAUCAGCCCACCGUACAACAACGGCAACUAUCACGGCUAUGCAGUCAACAACGGCGGAAAUAAUGCCGCACGUCUGCUCAAGUGUGACAAAGACUUGGGAAACAACAAUGACAACAACCAGUUUAGUCCUCAGAGACUCUCUCAUUCAGACGCUCUAUGCAGCAACCAAUCUGUCAACCUCAUGGACUCGCACCUCUACCCACAGGACCCUCACAAAGCCUACAUGCACCCGGACUACAACAAGCAUGGCUCCUAUGAGUUCAAAGGUCAUGGCCUGAUCCACUCAAUCAAGCGGGAGCCCAUGGACUCCCCAACGUGGUCUGAGAGCGGUCAUGACAUGAACCAGUCUAUGAUGGUUGGUCCAAGGAACGUUAUGCCAUGUGUGAUGAGCGCGGGGCACCACAAGUCCAGUCCUUACAUUUAUAUGCCCUAAGAAUGAAGGGAGCAUUACCCACACAUACACCCAAGCUGCACGCACAAACAAACACACACACACACAAACACACACACACACACACACACACACACACACACACACACAAUCAGUGUGCGUUAUAGUACUUUGUAUUAUUGUUGUCU